UUUUGUUUGCGAGUGGCGAUCGCCGCACCAGUUCCCGGUCGUCCGCCGCAUCGACAGUAUAGCAUGUGCCCACCGGUUCACAGCCACGUACACGACUACCUGCCGCACCACCAGCCGCACAACAAACUCGUCUCUUACGGCUACCGCUAGGGUCGGACCGAUUCCAAGAUCCGAGGGUUCGCGUUGCAGACCGUCGUGGCUCGAGCAGUGAUAUCGUAGUAUUAUGAUCUUCUAUUGGAUAUUAUAGUGGCUUCCCGUGGGUUCUGAAAGUGGCGAAAUCGUGGUGCGCGAUAUAAUCCUCCUCCUCCUCCUCCGCCAACUCGGUGAUUCGGUCGCAACGAUCUUCGUACCGCCACCAGCUGCCGAUCGAGUCGUCCGUCCUUCUCCAACGGUGGAUCGUUAUCGAGGAGGCAAAAGUUUCGAGGAGGGAAAGCGGGAUUUCGUGGACUCACGGGAGAAAGGGACGGCGCUCUUUUAUUUUCUCAUUCAAUUUCGAACGAGGUAGCGGCAGCCUUCGCCUCCCGACCGACCGACAGACAAAGCGGAGGGAACUCCGAAGGAACGAUCGAAAAGGAGAGAGCGACAGGGAAGAACCAAGGCCGCGAGAUGAGUUGCUGCAGUUCGGCGCCACCUGCGCUGAACAAGGGUUGCGAGACGUUGCUCAGCAAAUGCGAAAUACCGAUCAUCGAUCUCGCUCAUAUGGGUACGGAGCGCUGCCCGCAGAAGGGAGUUGUAAAACAAGUCGCUUCGAAGCUACUUAGAGCACUUUCCGAAAAAGGAUUGGCCCUUCUCGUCAACCACGGCAUUCCCGAUUGCAAGUUAAAAGCGGUGUACAGAGCUCUGGAUGGAUUCUGCGAACUUCCCGACGAAGAACGGGCUAAAUAUCAACGAACUUCUUCUUCCAAUCAGGGAUACGUGAAACCACCGAGGCUGUUGGAGCAGUUUUCGGAGGAUGACGAAAAGGAACCUCGACAUGCUUUCAACGUAACCGGAAGUGGCGGAGUUCUCCCCGAGAUUGAGGUCCCCGGUUUUCGAACUGCCGUUGACGAGCUUGCCAGAGACUUGAAGCAGCUUUCGGCGAUGUUAUUGACCGCGCUUUCCGUUGGCCUCGAACAAUCGCCGGACUUUUUGCUCUCGAAGCACGCCGGCAUGUUGGGUCCGGACAACGAGUCUAUGCUGCGUCUCCUUUACUAUCCACCCUUGGGAGCUCCGGUCCCAGGAUUGACUCGUUCCGGCGCUCAUCGGGAUUAUGGAACCUUCACGCUGCUCGCUCAGGACAGCGAAGGCGGUCUCGAGGUCCAGACACCGCACGGAGAACGUUGGGUCCGAGUGGGUCACCUGCCGGGUGCCAUCCUCGUGAAUACCGGGGAUAUUUUGUCCGCCUGGACGAGGGACCAGCUUCCAGCUCUGAGACACAGAGUCGUGGUUCCGGAACUCUGCGGACGAGGACGUCACUCCAUCGCAUUUUUCGUACAUCCCGAUAACGAGACUUUGAUCGAACCCUUGGAUACCAAACUGAAUCUGGCUGUUCCGGAAUCCGCCCCGUGCAGAUUACAGAAAAAGAAAAACGGGGUUCUGACCGCUUACCAACACCUUCAACGUCGGUUUCGAGAAACUUACGCAUCUUAAUAUCGGCACCUACUUAACUUAGAAUUGUAUUGCUGACGUAUUAUAUUUCGAGUUAAGAAUUUUAAAUACGACGUUGAUAUUUAGGCGCAGCGUAUUACGAUGACCUGUAGCAUACUUUCAACUUUGUGAGUCUGUCGCUAGCCACUCAUUUGGAUUGAGUUAUUACUUGUUACCAUUGAAAGGGGUUCGCUCCGUAUACUUGUAAUUUUAAUAAUCGUAACGUCGCUACGUCGCCGCACCGUCUGGCCUUUGAACAACGCUGCGAUUAGAACGCAUACUUUAUUCAAAUUGUUUGUUAUGUACGAUCCCUUGGCCCGCGUGUCGUAUCAAAACGUGACGAAUGUCUCAAUCCCGGAGGAAAUUCAGACCUCGUUCGUCCGGACAUUGCGCUAACGUAACGAAGAGCAUAUCGCGUUGAAUUUCUGCGUAUCGUCCACGAAAUAUCGAUAUAUUUGUUCCAUUGCCGUUAACAAUGAGAAAAAAACACAUGAUCGCUGACGUUUGAAAUACGACGGAUACCACGUUAUUUACUGAGAUCUAGAUCAAUUCUACUGGUCGCACAACUUCGGAAAAAUCGGUCCAAAUAAUAUGAAAUAAAGGUAUAUUAAUGUUAAUUUUUGAAAAUAUUCUGCAGUCACAAAAAAUAAUAAAUGAAUGAGUCCAAACUGUU